AUGUCUUGUCCCGUGUUUCCCAUAGAAAUCCAGUAUAUUAUACUGCAAAAUCUAAUUCAGGAUGGCGGAAAGUUAGCCAACUUCGCUACAGUGUCGCGUACAUGGCAAGAAAAAAUUGAGCAACACACCUUUGCGCGAAUUAGACUGACGGAGUCACGUCUCGCCGAGUUUGAUGCAAUGACAUCUCGCAAUCGAUCUCUUGUGCGCUACCUGUGGCUCUGCUUGGAACUUGAACGAUACGAUUGCACAACAUGCGCACAUGAAGCGGAAGUCUUUACUACAAGCCCCAGAGAAAAUACGCUUAUCGUGACAGCAAUACAUAAUCUUUUCUCAGUCCUCAGUACAUGGGAGUCGAGUAACAACUUAUCACUUGAUAUCACUGUCUACUCUCCUAGCGACUCGGAGCAUUGGUUUCCGCAUCUUACCUUUGAGCCCGAUACCCCAUGGAGCACGAGUGACCCUGGCCAAGAGGUUGAGCAAACAGGCCUGGUUAGAGCUGCUGAUGAUCCACAUGAUUGGGUGACCAGUCCUUUGGGAUUGAUUUCGCCAGACUAUGCUCUUUUGAAAGUCUUCGGAGACAUUAUGACCCUCGGUCCAUUUGAUCACGAUAAACAAGAGGAUGAAUGGUGGCAGCGAUUGCCCUUGGUCUCAGCAGUAACCAAUGUGUUAUUACGUCAACAGAAUCGCCGCCGUUGGAAGCCUCGGACGCUUGCUCAGAUGCUUGCUCGCCUUCCUAGGUUACGUGGGCUUCACUACGAGCCUUGGAGGGAGUGGGCCGAUGAAGAACAGGAAUCUAGGGAUGAAUGUAAGCAUUUCCAUUACGCAAACUUGACAAUCUUCGAAAAUUUUAACCAGCAGUACGAAGAAAUCUUCAAUUAUGAAUGCGAGCCUAUCCGGACCCCAAGUACUGCUCUUGGUCGAAUGCUUUUGAAAGUCAGCCUCAACCUUGAAUCCCUCUCAGGAUCAUUUAUGGUGGACGCUUGGGACUUCUUCAACACGCAUGACCCCUCCUCACAGAAGUGGCCCAACUUGACAUCGCUGGUUCUUACUUCACAACUGUUGGCGCCAGACCAGAGUCACCAACACAUCAUGAAUAUGCUUAAACGAGCAGGAUUGGCAGCUACUCGUAUGCCGAAACUCAAGACUAUGGAAAUAUGGAACGGACGAGAGAAGCUCGCGGCUCUUUUUAAAUACGAGCUACUUGGAGAAGAUCAGCCUGCUAUUAUUACUUGGAAAAGUACAUGGGAUCUCAUCCUGCAGCCUUCAGUCAUUAGGACUUGGGAAGCCGUCAUGGCCAGAUGUUGUGGCUCUGGACUUACUAUUGUAUAUGAGGCGCUUGAAAGUGAUGAUAUUCUGUCUCAUGGUGACGCAAUAGUCAGACUGAGCGUUUCAGAGCUGGUAGUCCGGCCUAUUUCAUUACAACAGAUACAGAGAGAUUGUAACUAUCAUUGGUUUCAUGACAUAUUUAAUAGCGAUUGA